AUGAAUGAUGUAGGAAAGGGUGGUGACCAUGUAUUGAUGUGGCAAAUAUGGGAAGAAGAGAACAAUAGGUGGAUGGAAGAAAACCAUACACUUUAUCUGGACUUCAAUAGUCAAAAUGAGUUUAUGAGUGAAACUGCUGAGCAACCAUCUGAUUUGAUCAUUCCCUUGCUGAGGUACCAGAAAGAGUGGUUGACUUGGGCGUUGAAGCAAGAAGAAUCAACAGCUAGAGGUGGUAUCCUUGCUGAUGAUAUGGGGAUGGGGAAGACUGUUCAAGCCAUGGCUUUUGUGCUUGCUAAACGCGAAAUAGGGCAAGCAAUUUCUAAUUCUACAGUGAAAGGAACCCUUGUUAUAUGUCCUGUUGUUGCUUUGAUUCAAUGGGUCAAUGAGAUUGACCGCUUUACCACUAUAGGAAGCAACAAAGUUCUUGUUUACCAUGGUGCCAACAGGGAGAAAGAUAUCAACAGAUUCGCAGAGUAUGAUUUUGUUAUCACUACCUACUCCACAGUGGAGACUGAGUAUAGGAAAAAUAUCAUGAUUUUGCACUCUAUGAAGUGGAAUCGUAUUAUUCUGGAUGAGGCCCAUUGUGUAAAAGAUAUACGCAGCAACACUACAAGAGCUAUUCUUGCACUAGAAUCUUCUUUUAAGUGGGCCUUAAGUGGUACUCCCCUCCAGAACCGUGUAGGAGAGUUGUACUCACUCGUCCGUUUUUUGCAAAUUAAUCCUUACUCGUACUACUUUUGUAAAGAUUGUGACUGCAGAGCUCUCAACAAUAGCUCAUUCAUGUGCCCACAUUGCCACCACAAAUCUACUCGGCACUUUUGCUGGUGGAAUAGAUAUAUUGCCUCACCCAUACAAUUUCAAGGAAAUCAUGGGAUUGGUAGAGAUGCGAUGGUUUUAUUGAAACACAAAAUUUUAAAAACGAUAAUGCUAAGGCGUACUAAAAAGGGAAGGGCUGCUGAUCUUGCACUUCCUCCAAGGAUUGUUACCUUGCGCAAAGAUUCUUUGGAUGCUAACGAAGAAGACUACUACACAUCAUUGCGCGAAGAAAGUCGGGCAAAAUUUAAUGCAUACAUUCAAGAUGGUACGUUGAUGAAUAACUAUGCUGACAUUUUUGAUCUACUCACACGCAUGCGGCAGGCACUUGAUCAUCCUUACCUUGUGGAAUACUCAAGUACUGUUGUGGAUAGAAGUGGAAGCACAAAUAAUGUUGGUUAUGUUGAACAAUCAUGUGGUUUAUGUCACGAUCUAGUAGAAGAUCUAGUUGUUACUUCUUGCACACAUGUCUUUUGCAAGUCAUGUCUGAUAAGUUUUUCUGCAGUUAUGGGACAAAUUUCAUGUCCGUCAUGUUCUAAAUCAUUUACAGUGGAUUUCACCGCAAAUGAUCAGAAAACUAAAGCAAAUAUCAAAGGGUUUAGGUCUUCAAGUAUACUGAGCAAAAUUCGUCUUGAUAAUUUUCAGACAAGCACAAAAAUAGAAGCUUUGAGAGAAGAAAUAAGGUUCAUGAUUGAAAGAGAUGGUUCUACAAAGGCAAUUGUUUUCAGCCAAUUCACAUCAUUUUUGGAUCUGAUACACUAUUCGCUACAAAAGUCGGGCAUCAGUUGUGUUCAAUUAGAUGGAUCCAUGACUAUCACUGCAAGAGAUUCUGCAAUUACAAAAUUUACAAACGAUCCAGAUUGCAUUAUAUUUCUUAUGAGCUUGAAAGCCGGAGGUCUUGCCCUGAAUCUUACAGUAGCAUCACAAGUUUUCUUGAUGGAUCCUUGGUGGAAUGCUGUCGUGGAGAGGCAAGCCCAAGAUAGAAUCCAUCGAAUAGGACAGUAUAAGCCAAUCAGGAUUGUGAGAUUUGUGAUUGAGAAUACAAUCGAGGAGAGGAUCUUAGAGUUGCAAGAGAAGAAGAAAUUACUUUUUGAAGGGACGGUGGGUGGUGCUUCUGAGGCCUUGGGGAAACUAACAGAGGCAGACUUGAAGUUCUUGUUUGCAACCUAG